AUUUCCCAUUAUAAAAAAAAUACAGAUUUAUAAUGUUAUGCAUAGAAAGUUUGUUGUUGUAAUAUAAAACAUUUGUAUUUAAUUUAAAUAUUAUGACUAUCGCAUUAAUUUAUCUAAAACAAAAAAAAAAACCUGAUAACUGUCAACGUCAGAUGCAAUCUAACAUUGACAGGUUCUUGAUGGCAAAAAACUAUCAAUUGGAAUUUUAUUAUUCAGUGUUUUGAGGCAUGUGUUGGGGGAAGGAGUGUUUUGAUUUUUAGUCUUAAAAUUUACGAUGAAAUUAAGUAACUUUUCAAACGUCCGUGUUUAUUCUAUAUAAUAACAAAUGUCGGGUAAUAGUUCUAGUGGGUGGAAAUAAUAGUGUUUGUUAUCAUAAUGGAUGGAAAUUCAAAGUAUUAUGAAGGUUGCGGGCAGGAAGGGCCAAUACGGUGUAUAUUUUUGUGUGAAUUUCACCCGACAGCAGGGCCGAGGAUAACCUGCCAAGUGCCUGAAAACUACAUUUCUAAAGAUAUUUUCGAUACUGUCAGUCAUUAUAUCAUUCCAAAAGUUCAGUUGCAACGAAGCACUUUGACUGUAACAUUACUUGGAUCCAAAAUCUUAGGCUUUCCAGUUAGGAUAGACAAUAAAAAGUAUGCCCGUAAUGCAUAUUACUUUAACCUCUGCUUUGUGUGUGAUGCCUGGGCCAGGACUGUGCAUCUUGAACCGCUUGUAAAGAAGCUUACAGAAUAUCUGCUGUCCAUGGAGCUAGAAACUGAAUGGUUAUCAAAACAAUCACUAUCUGGUGAUGCCAAGGCUCUCAACACUCUGAUGCUGCAGGUCAUGCAAGAUAUUAACAGCAGGAGAAUGUGCACAUUGACAGUUGGCACCACCACCACUCACUUGACGGUGGUUCGUUUGAACAGCGACCCAGCUCCGGUUAAGGAUCACCAGGUACCGGUGUUCCUCUACAGCAGGCAGUCCUUUGUGGCUGAUCAGUGGGACCUCACUACCAAUCAGAUCCUGCCUCAUAUAGACGGGUUCAACCACGUGUCCAAAAUCGCAGCCCUCACGGACGUCGAGAUCAGCCUGGUGCGAGCCUGUGUCCAGAACCUCGUCUACUACGGAGUGGUCACCCUCGUCCCCAUCUUUCAAUACUGUGCUGUGUACAGUGCGACGCCCAAGUUGAGACAACUGACUCGUUGCGCGGGGCUCCAGAGACAGUGUGUGGAGUUCUGUGCGAGAUCACCUCGUCAGCUUCCAAAAGUAUCGGAUCUGUUCCGUAUGUACGCCGGCAUGUCAUACGGCAGUACAGUGAGGGACCUGUGUCGGCGCCUCCGACCGCAGGAACUCGCUAUCAACGAGAGGAAACUUGUGCUGUUCGGUGUACUCGAGGGUCUCAUACGAAGGGUCUAUAAGUACCCCGUGAGUCUUCACAGCGACAGCUCGUCCGCCCGCAGCGAGCACAGUUCAUACACGGCUCGUACUUACAACGGUGUGGUCUGCCUGGACGAGCUGUGCUGCUCCCAGGGCCUCGCCACCACACAGGUAGAGGAGCAGCUGGAGAGAGACAGUGACGUCAUCUUCAUCAUAAAAUGAUCACACGUCCGCAUAUAUGAGAGAGGUGUGACGCUCGCUCUAUAUAUGCAAGUGUGACACCGACUUAAUAAUAAAGGUGCGAGGCCGGCUUUAUAUGUCAAAGUUUGAAACUGGCUUUAUUAGUUAUGGUGUGGACCGGGAUUAAAAGUUUAAAGCUGGCUUAAAAAAAGGUGUAAAUCUGGCGUUAUAAAUUAAAGGUUUAAGGCCGGCUUUAUAAACUAUAGUUUAAAUCAGGCUUUAGAGAUGUGAAGUAGUCUUUAUAGGAAAGAACACGUGGAACUGCCAUUAUCGUUAGAUUUAAAGUUAAUUGGCAAAAGCAUUACGAGACAAGUUUAGGCGCUGAACGUUUGAGGACUCGCUCCCUAAAAAAACAUCUUGUAACAGAUCUUGUCAUUUUUAGAUUUCAAAAAUUCACAUAUACAAAAACUAGGAAUAUUAUAGACUCUUUACUCUCAAAAAAAACUUUUUUGUGGUUACAAUGUCGUCUGUAUUUGAAUACAACUUCUGUUAUUAUAAUUAUUAAUGAUAUAAAAUGAUAUGAGGCCGGCGUUUGGAGGUUCUGCGGUCGUUGGAUGUGUUCAGUAAAUUUAACUUUCAUCGAGUUACUCAAACAUAUAAUUAGAAAUGCUAUAUCGAAAAAAGUCACUAGUUUAGGAAGAAAAAUAUUUAAAAAGUACAAUCCGUACACAACAUACUGUUAGUUUUAAAUUUGUUUUAUUUAAAAAAAACUCAUUAUUUUUUACAGUUUUAUAAUGUUGAUAAUAUAUAAGGGUUUACAAACAAAUAAAAAAAUUUGAUGUCGCGUUGUUGCACAUCGAUUACACUAAAGAAUAACAUGUAAUAGUUAAGUUUAUGAAGGGAUUUGUUAUAAAUACCUUUUAAGUUACGAACGAGGACUCGCUCGUAGUGUUGUCGACAUAAGAAACUGCUCAAUAUUUUUAUAUUCUAUACUUGUUUACAAUGUACAUAGCGAUACGGAGGUGCUAUUAGAUUUACAGCAUACAUUACAUAUACAAGCGAUGGAUCACAUCACACUUGUCAACCCGUUUACAUUAUUCACGUUCGGUGACAUUAGUGUUGCCGUUUCGUAAAACAGAAAAUUAUUUAAUAAAUUUCUAGUUAUUGUUUUUUUUUUUAUUAUAAUUUAUCAGCUAGUAUAUUUUUAAUAUUUGUUGAAGUCUUUACUUCUGCUGCCCACCGAUAAACAUGUUUGUGUCAACAUCUGCUAACAUUAUUAGAUAUUCUAUUCAGUUAUAUACUGUUACGGUACUAGGGAUGUAUUUUUAUUGUUUUGCCGGUUUUUCAUAAUAUCGAUGUUAAAUUCCUAGUCUUUUUUUUAAUCGUAAAAGCCGACUACUAGUCAAUAACUAGUGCCUUCUUUACAUUACGCACAAAUAUUUCGUUAUUGGACUCUUAAGCGCUUUUGUACUAAAUAUAAAUAAGUUUGUGUUAAUAAUAAUAUAUGUUUGUUUAUAAUUUAAGAGAUUAUAUUUCCAAACUGUUGUUAAGAACCUUUAUUGUAUAUGUAAAUGUUAUAUCGUGUAUAAGCGACUUUAUUAAAUAAAUGUUUUUCAAUAUA